GCCUCUGUGCGGUACGCAGUGUUGCCAAGUCUCAAGUAGUGGUCAGUCUCAGUUCACGCAGCCGGUAUCGCUCUUUUGUUUUAUUCCGCAAGAUGCUGUACCUGCUGGUGGUGGUGGUGCCUCUUCUGGGUUUCUUCCUCUCGGUCAGAUACCUGUCUGGACUGCGCGACCUCCCCCCAGGACCAUGGGGUCUGCCUGUCCUAGGGUCUCUGCUGCAGCUCUCCCCGACCACACCAUACCUGAGCCUCACCCAACUGGCCGAUAAGUACGGUCCCAUCUAUAGCCUCCAGAUGGGUCGCGUGCUCGCAGUAGUGAUCAGCGACGUCCGCAUCAUCCGGGAGGCGCUGGGCAAGGAAGAGCUUGCCGGGAGGGCCGACCUCUACCUCACCCAUGGGAUUAUGGAAGGUCAUGGGCUGAUAUGUUCGGAAGGAAAACGAUGGCGGGAGCAAAGAUCAUUUGUGACUUCCACUUUGAAAACACUAGGUAUGGUCAAGUACGGGCCUAGAAGAGAUCGUCUAGAGGCGAGAAUUCUACAAGGAGUGGUAGACGUAGUAGAAUACCUGAAAACCCAAGAUGGUCGAGAGGUAGACGCUAGCCGCACCCUUCUCCACAGCGUGGGUAACGUUGUGAACUCUCUGGUAUUCGGCCGUCGUUGGGAUUGGGAUGAUCCGACGUGGAGAUGGCUCCAACAUCUGUCUGACGAAGGCGUCAAACACAUCGGGGUGUCGGGCCCUCUGAAUUUUCUGCCUUUCCUCAGAUUCCUCCCUAAGUACCGAAGGACCGUACACUUCAUCGUGGACGGUAUGCGGAAAACGCACGAAGUCUACCAGCAAGUGAUAGACGACCAUCCGGAGGAUAAGGUGGACGACUUCAUCGCUGCCUUCCAGAAGGAGCAGCGAGAGCGCGGGACAGACCUCAGCUCCUUCACGCAGAAGCAGUUCCACCACGCCCUCGCGGAUCUGUUCGGCGCUGGAGUCGACACAACACUCACCACCCUGCGCUGGUUCCUCAUAUACGUGGCUAAACAUCAGGAUGUACAGAAACGCAUUCAAGAAGAUUUGGACGUCAUUUGCUGGGGAGCCCCCCGCCUGGAGCAAGUCUCAAAGAUGUACUACCUGCAAGCUGCGAUCGCCGAGUCUCAGAGAAUCCGUCCAGUGGUUCCCGUAGGGAUCCCCCAUGGAGCUUCUCAGGAGACGAUGGUGGCUGGAUACCGGAUACCACGGGGCACCAUGGUCAUCCCCCUCCAGUGGGCGGUCCACAUGGACCCCCGACAUUGGCCCGACCCCGAUCGGUACGACCCCGAGAGGUUUCUCGACGGGGAAGGAAAGUUUUUCAAACCUGAGGCGUUCAUUCCUUUCCAAACAGGCAAGCGGAUGUGCAUGGGGGAGGAGUUGGCGAGGAUGAUCCUGCUCCUGUAUACCUCCAACCUCCUGUACUUCUUCAGAGUCACUUUGCCUCCUUCGUGCCAGAACCCGCUGGAGUCGCACUGCGGCAUCACCCUCGUGCCGACCCUCCGCACUCUGCAUUUCCACAAACGAACCGGGGCGGUGGACCAUCCUCAAGUUCCUGACCAGGAAUGAUGACCGUCAAAAUGGAUCCAUUUGAAAGUAUUGCGAUUCACCCUGAGCAUGGAUAGAACAUUGGAAGUCCAUUUUGUCCAAGGUUCAAGAUCCGAUAAAAAAAGUCCUUAGCUUGUACACCAUAAAAGCACAGAAUUCGAACAGCAACUUGGACUGUUUCGUCCUUUUUAUGAUUAACCACUCCACAAAGAUCUUACGGGUACAAUUAAGACCAAGAUUGGUCGAAAAUUAUCACACAAACAUAUUAACCGUAACACUUCCGAGAAAGGAUGGUCCUUCUGAGUAUAUUGUGCAUGUUACUGUAACACUGUUCGUCCACUGAUGACGCUUUUUGUUCUUUUAAGUGUAUAUAAAACACAAACACUAUAAUAUUUGCUAAGGAUCAUAAAAUAUGCCAAAUAACCAUGAUUAUCAUGAUGUAAACUCUGUUCUAGUUCGAAGUUCCUACGUAAUAACCUUAAAGGUUGGCUAUUUUAUAAGAACUCAUGGAGUGUAUUUUAUAAGGUUCUUAUUAUUUUAAACCUGUCUCGUUUGUUAAUAAUGUUACCAUGCAUUUCACUGCGUUAGAUUAAAAUAAACAGUGGAUCUUUGUAAAGGGUUUAUGGAUCUCUGUGGAAUCGAUAUUACCUCAUUGUACAUUAAUGGAGUCGAAUAGAAUUAGUCUUAUCAAUUAUCUUAAUGUAAGAAAUGUUUAGUUUGUUUAGAUUUGUAAUUUUUUCAUGUAAGUGGUAAUGAAGAAUAUGAUACUGUACAAUGUUCUGAAGACUGAUGAGGUUUUUCAUGUUGACAUAACAGGAAAUGCGUUGCUCACGAUGUUUUACUGAAAUAUACUUAUGUUCUGAG